AUGAAACCCACGUACAAUGCCAUCUCAACCUCGGGGCAAAAGCUCGUGUCUUCGACAUUCGAUACCAUCGGCUUCUUUGCUCGUAGCAUGGCGGGUCUGCAGUUACUAGCAAACGUCUUUUCUCUCACUGAUGACCAACAUCCGGAGAAAGUAUGCUUUGGAGAUAUCUCAGUCGCUCUUGUCAAGACACCAAUGUGGUCACACGUCGGCCCUGAUACUAUACAUGCCAUGCAAAAGACAGCCGCCAUCCUGCAAAAUCACGGCGUCCAAGUCGAAGAAGUGUUACUACCGGAUGACUUUGGCAACGCAGACAUCCUAACGCGCUUUCAAAAUGCAAUCAUCGACAAUGAGACCGCACUCGCUUUCCACGAAGAACACUGUUCGCACAAGGACGGGUUGGACGUCUCAAUUCGGAAUCUAGUAGAAAAUCACUCUAAACACGCUGAUGCAGAAGAAGAAAAACGGGAAGCUCUGGAAAAAUUCGCUCAUCUGCGUACGCUAUUCGACGCACUAGCAGCCAAGUAUUCUGUCAUCAUCACGCCAAGUGCUGUAGAUGAGGCGCCGGUGGGACUUGGGGAUAUGGGAAGUCCGGUGUUUAAUACGAUGUGGACGACCAAUCGACAGCAGAUCAAGUUCACAGGGCAGUAG